CACCCCCUACACACACCCACACACACUCACACACACAUGUACACACAAUCUCAGAUCAAGGCUUGAAGCAAUGUUGUAAACAUCAGCAUGUCUCACAUCGGCAGACACCACCCAAAGAGAGAGGGAGCGUGAUAAAGGAGGAUAAAGCAGAGACGGAGAGAAAAAACACUCAUAACCUCACCAUGGACUCAAAGUCUUUGUGAUCUGGAUUUGAUGCUGUUACAGAGGAAAAGAGGACAGCAAGAGAGGAGAGAACAGUUGUGUUGUGAUAUACAUUUUGUGAUCUUGGUGUCGGGAGCGCAGAGGAAGAGAGGAGAGCUCAGUGUGCGUUCUACUGUGUGACAGAACUGGAACAGUGGAAGGAACAGUGGAGAUGAGAACACCAGCCAGUGGAACACAAAGAGAAAAAAAGAGAGAGAGAGCCGGCAAUCACUAGGAUGGAGGAAGAUAUUGUCUGUCAGACAGUGGAAGAGAGGAGGAGAAGGGGGAGUUCUGGAGUGGAGGAAGGGUCACGCAGUAUGAGGAAUCUUUAUGACAACUCCUCACUGCACAGGGUUUCCAACGAUGACCGUAGCUCUGCGGCGAGCGGGAUAGAUGUGGCGGACCGCCUGACAUACCUGGAGCAGCGGAUGCAGAUGCAGGAUGAUGAGAUCCAGCUUCUGAAGAUGGCCCUGGCAGACGUCCUCAAGAGACUCAACAUCUCAGAGGAACACCAGGUCGCCAACGCCAAGAAAGGACCUGCUGAGAAAGCUAGGCCUGUGUCUCUGGGCCUGCCUUCCAGAACAUCAAUGAACAGUCUUGCCUCUCUGAAGAAAAGCUCCACAACCUCUACACUACCAUCUACCUCCACUGCACGGAACUACAGCCCCUUACCAGGAGCAUCAGCCAAGAGUGGUGUGAAGAGUUCAGCAGGCAGUGUGAAGGAGAAUCCAUGUACCUCUAAGACGGCUCGGCCCGGCCCCCGACCUGGCCCCGCAGGCUCAACAGCGGCCCCCGGCAGUAAGAAAGCUGAUAGCAAAACCAAGGAGCCUGCAGCCAGUGUAGGGUUGAGGCGUGUGACACACUGUAAAGUGACUAUGCAGAUCUAUCUGAGCCCCCAAACAAAAAGGACUGGGUCUUCUGAAGCAGCCAAAUCAGCCCCCACGGUCCCCAACUCCAGACCAACCAGAACCCCCACCCCCCCCUCAGACCAAAGGAGUCCCCCCGACCUUGGACCGGACCAAGGCAGAGACACGCAAAUCAACUCCUUCCUUCACCCUCCCCCUGCAGAAAAGCACCAAUCAAAAUACGUAUUCUCCUCUGGACACGUCCAAUUACAAAAGCCCCUUCAGAUCACCAAGCCAUUACUUCCAGAUCUGUUACUAGGCAAUAGAGUAGGCUAUGAGGAUGUAGAAGUUGCUCCUAACUACAGGUCUAGGGUCAGAUAUUGUUUUAAUCCUCAUAAUGGUUAGGGUUGGAUGUUGGGUAAUCUGAUCCUAGAUCUGUGGUUAAGGGCAACUUAUUUUUUUGGGCCAUUACAAGUGUAGGCCUGUGAGUUAAAUCGGUUUUCCAGAUGUUUGAAAAUGUAUAGCAAUGUGAGGGAAUUAGAAGUGGAGGUUGUCUUCAGUAAUGUUUGAGAUGGACUGAUAGUUACAAAGUUUUGGUUUUGAUGUUUUUUGUUUGACCAGGAAAGAGAAUAGUGAGUUUAUUUGAUUGUUUUGUAGUAUUUCCUAGCACCAUCAGUGACCAUAGUCCUCUUCACUUGGUUCUCUGUAAGUUCUUACAUAUUUCUGUCUCAGUCAACUGGAAGCCUCUUUUUUUCUCCUGUUUCUUUCUGUCUUAAUGUCUCAUUUACGUUUGACAUUUUAGUAAUUUAGCAGACACUCGUAUCCAGAUUUGUUUGUUUUGUAGCUUUAUGUCAGGAAAAUAUGGAUGUAUGAGUUUUCAUUGAAAUCUCCCUGACUUUGGGGGAUGUACAGUAUGAGUGAAUUCUCUUAUUAGAUUCCUGUGUGUAUCUCUGUCUCUGUUGACAGCCAUUAAUAAACAUUUCAGUGAUCACCUGCUUCGA